AUGCACUAUGAUUCCCAUGCAUUUGGUAGAAUGGAUCCCUCAACGCAUACCAGACUUGUCACGAUGAUUCCUCUCAAGAAGGGCGUUACCCUCGACGAUAAUCUGAAGAUGUCAGAAAACGACAUAGCGAAGCUGAACCGAUUGGGAAACUGUACCGUUUCGAAAGAGUCACACAAGGAGGGAAACAGCAGCACUUGCAUCGAUACAGCGUUGAACUGCGAACGACUCAAAAAGAAUGGACUGUGCUCGUCAUCGUCUCAUCUCCAAGCCAUGCUCAAGUAUUGUCCAAAGACAUGCCACCUCUGUGGACUACGGUCUGCAGAUCCUUCCAGAAAUUCCAAUUCCUCACUCACGGAACAGCCGUUCACCGGUAGCGCUACUGAUUCUCCUGUGCCUGCAUGUCAUGAUGAAGAUCCCCGAUGUGACACGUAUGCGAUGAACGGAUUCUGCACGAAUCCAUUCUAUGCUCAAAUCAGAGCCACAAAAUGCAUGAAGACAUGCAACCUGUGCAUCUCUAUAGAAGAAACCGAU